AAAUUUUUUUUUUUUUUUUGAAAAAGGACUAUCAAGGUUUUUUUAGAAAGAUAAGCAAAAAACUUAAUUAUUAUUUUUAUGGAGUACUUACAAUAUAGUAAUUAACUCAGUUAUUGUCAUUAUAUAAAAAAAAGGAGUAUAUUAUGAAUCCGAGUUCGAAAUCCCGUCAAAGAAUAUUUACCAUUUUAUUGGUGGUGUUGACGUCUAUACUUGCAUUUUUAUCUGGAUACGGUUUUCAAAUCUUUUUAACAAACAAAGAACCAGAUCAAAAAAAUUACAGACGAAGUUUACACGAACAGUUAGCGAAUAAAAGAAACUUUGAAUUUCGUGAUCGGUCUCCAGCCGAUCUUGCAAACGAAGACAUGAUGUAUCAUCAAAUUGGUUUAAAGCAAGUUAGAAACGACACGUUGAAAGAAUUUUUAAGGUACUUUACAAAAGAACCUCAUCUUGCUGGUACACCUAUUGGAAAAAAACAAGCUGAACAUGUGAAGCGAGAGUGGGAUAAGUAUGGAUUUGAUAAAGUUGAAAUAAAAAAGUAUGAUGUCCUUUUAUCGUAUCCAAGUACACCUGCAAGUGUAACUGUUCAAAAUCCUGAUGGAAAACUAAUUUAUACUGCCAAAACUGUUGAAGAACCUUUUUUUGAGGAGGAGAGGUCUAAUUUAUCUGUGUAUCCUUUCAAUGCUUAUUCAGCAUCCGGAGAUGUAGAGGGUGAGUAUGUUUAUGUUAACUAUGGCAAUGUAAAAGAUUAUUUGAGGUUAGCUGCUCGCAAUAUCAGCGUUAUGAACAAGGUGGUUAUAGUAAAGUAUGGGACCAACUUUAGAGGAGAAAAAGUUCGUAUUGCUGAAAAACUUGGAGCUAUUGGUGUAAUAUUAUAUGGGGAUCCAUCUGACACAAAUGAUCCUGGGGCUCCAACUUAUCCUUUCAAUUGGAAUGCUCCCGCAGGAAGUAUACCACGUGGAAAUAUAGCAAAUGUUAAAGGAGAUCCUUUGACGCCAAAAUACCCAUCUAAAGAGGGAAUGCAUCGAAUAAGAAUUUCAGAUGUUACUUACUUUACUAAGAUUCCAGUUCAACCUAUUAGUUUUCAUGAUGCAGAACAAAUUUUAGGAUUCAUGGAUGGUGAUGUUUAUGAACCUGAAUGGGAUGGAGGAUUAAACAUAACAUACAGAAUUAUUUCAAAAACACCAAGAACUAUACGAUUAAUUGUUAAUAAUCCUAAAGAAGUUCGACCUAUAUAUAAUGUUGUUGCAACAAUUAAAGGAGACAUUGAACCAGAUCGCAUUAUUCUUGUUGGUAACCAUAGAGAUGCAUGGGUUUUUGGUGGAGGUGAUCCAUCAAGUGGAACAGCUGUAUUAAUGGAAACAGCUAGAGUUAUUUCAACUAUGUUAGCUGAAGGUUGGCGUCCUAGAAGAACUAUUAUGCUAUGCAGUUGGGAUGCAGAAGAAUAUGGUUUGAUGGGUUCUAUUGAGUGGGCACAAGAAUUUUAUUCAGUAUUGUCUCAGAGAGCAGUUGUUUAUUUAAAUGUAGAUAUAGCUGUUUCAGGUACUUACACAUUUCGUGCAAAAUCUUCACCUUCAAUUAUUGAUAAAAUGUUUGAUAUUUCCAAAGCGACAAUUGAUCCAGACUAUAUAAAUGAAGAGGCAGCAAAAAGAAAUUUAUUUGUUAUUAACACCAACUUGUUUGAAAAUGAAGACCCAAAGAAAAAAGAAAAAAGCUUAUUUUCAAAUUGGAGAGAUAAGUUACCAAAUCAAAAUAAUCCUACUGAGCCGAGGUACUCAGAUUUGGAAUCUGGCAGUGAUUAUGUUUACUUUUAUUCUGUGAUUGGCAUUCCUUCUAUUGACUUUAGGUAUUCAUUCAAUGAGAAAGCUCAUCCUAAGAGAUCACAAUACCCUGUGUACCACACCAUAUAUGACAACUUCUACUACAUGACUACAUUUGUUGACCCAGAUAUGCGUUACCAUGCAACUAUAACUAAACUAUGGCUGCAGUUUGCGCUGGAAAUGGCUGAUGACCAGCUAUUAAAGUUUAAUUUGACCAGAUAUGCUAAAAAAAUACUCAAAGAAGUUGAUUUAUUCGAAAUAGCAUUCAGGGACAUGCUUGAACCACAAAAAAUAAAUAUGGAUUUAGUCAAGGCAUCAGCUGAGGAGUUAGUAAAAGCAACAGAAAACUUUCAUAAUAAACUUGAAGAUUUGAAACUUGCUGAUUCUCUAUCUGUUAGAAGAGCAAAUGAUCAAAUGAUGGCAUUUGAGAGAGCCCUAAUUGUUCAAGAAGGUAUUCUUGAUCGGCCUGAUUCUAAACAUGUGAUUUAUUCACCCGUUCGCAAUUCAUUGUUUAAAACAAAAGCGUUUCCUGCAUUAUUAGGUAUUCUGUAUAAUAUUGAAGUUGAAAAGCGUAACGAAUGGCAUCUCUUAGAAGAGCAAAUUUCAGUUCUUGUUGAUAAACUUAACAAUGCAAGAAAUUUACUUAACGACUACGCUAUUAUCUAAGUUGGUUAAUACCAGUUUCGUUAAAUAACACCAACGCUACUCUCAUUGGAUAUCGGUAUUUGCGUUGAAUAAUUAAAAACUAAUUUUGUCUGUAUUGACUAAUAGUUAACAAUAAUUACAAACGAAA